AUGACAGGGGCAAACUACAUGGGAGGAAAGCGAAACGCAGCCAAGGCACGCGUAAGAGACUCAGCCAGCCGCGCUCAGAAAAGAUAUUUUGGCGCCCAGAGACUCAAUCUUGCUGCAAAUCGUGGAAGUGGAAUGACCGAGAAGUCUGGCGUAAACCCAAUUUUGGAUCUUGUCCAAACCAAUGGCUUCACAAAAUCAAUACCUGAUAUCAAGCUUGCGCAUGCCAGGCAAAAUUCUUCGAAUACUGCUAACCAGAUUGUUGGAUACAUACCUGAUCCGAUCCGUGUUUCACCUUGCACACCAAAAUCACAGCUACGGCUCUCAAAGAUUUCCAUGGAUAGUAAUCACUCAAGCUCGACAAGAAUCAUGCCUUCGAGAGUCUUGCAGGCUUUGGAUACAUGCGAACCAUUCGCCUUACGAGCCGCCAUGGACCAGGUGCUAUCACUGUCGGAUUUAGCAGGGCUCUCAAGACGUCCAGGUCGUAAUCUAAAACGACAACAUUCUUCGUCUUCGCCAUGUCCUCGCGAGGAAAGUAACAAGCAACAUAAAGCAGCAUUGCUGUUUCUUACCUCUUCCGACGAGUCCACAUUUACGAGCGCAGAAGUUAGUGAUUUAGGUCCGUCUCGUCAAGAAUCUUCCUCCGACUUCGAAGAGGCCGUGGUUGAAUCACAAUUCGCUUUCAACAUUCCAGAUGAUGGCGUGCUCGGCAAAGACGAUGAACAGGGUCAUUCGUCAGAUAACAACAGAUUUGCUACAUGGACUGUGUAUCCCAAUCGCAAGACUGAUUCGCCUGAAAUGGUUCGCCACAUUGGCCCAGCAGACCGUUCUUUGCCGAGACUUUCUGAGCCCAAACAUCUCAAUGUAACCUUAACUUCUCCUUCAUACCAUGUCGCUUCCGAAAAUCCUAUGGAGUACCCGCAUAUAUCGAACCUAUCCUCGCAGACAACACCAGGGAGCAAUAUCUUUGACUAUGAGGAUCCCUGGAUGGCCAUCGGUGUUAUGCUAGGAGUAGAAAAGACUCCGCUCAAACCACUGAAGAAACGUGAUUUCCGAAAGAUUUUGGCGGAAAUACCAACACCAGUUGCAACACCUACGUCGAACGUCAACAUCUUCGCAACAAACCAUUUGGUUCCGGAUUUGAUUAUUGCUGGUUCUAGCUCGCCGUCCCAACUCUCGGAUUCAAAAGUACGGGUAUCUCCCUCCACGCAUGCUAAUACAGAUGCGGCUCAAAAUCCAUUUCGAAUAUUCUCGCCAUUUGUUCGAAAACAACCCAUUUUCCCAAAUGCCUUCCAUUCAUUGGUGCCAUAUUCCUCGGAUGAAGCAAUCUUUGACCAUCUAUCGAGUUCCACUCACGUAAACCGGUCGCAACCUGUUUCAGACUUCUCAAUCGACCAAGGACGUGGAAUAGUCAAUCAAACUCAAAGUGAUAUGUUAACAAACAUCAGACCAAGGUCUGGCUCCUCCAAGUUUUCUAGCCCCAAUUAUGGCCGUGAGGGGAAGGCUGAUUCUUCUUAUCUCGUUUCGGAACACGAAUUGCCUUUAUUACCUAAUUUGCGCAAUGAUUUAGACGACGUCAAUACCAAUGAUCAUCGUGCGUCGAAUCGUGCAGCAGAUUUGUCUUCAUCUCCUCUGUUUGGCCGCUCCCUUUACUCUUCGUCCAGUCACACUCGUCGUGGACAGGCUCUUCCUCUAGAUCUCCACCGUCGGCAACGUCAUGAACUAACACAUAUGCACGAUCUCCAUCAUGUCCAAGGUGGACUUUCGAAUUUUCAGGAAGUAGCUGCUUCUCAAGGAGGUGAUCCUUCGUCGUCAUUACUUACGCCUAUACAAUUUGCUCUCUCGCCUAGAAGAUUGAACUUUGAUCCCAAAUGUCAUGUUGACUUUCCUUUUUCCGCCAUCGCUCAAGCUGGAGAUGAAAGAUUACACACUCCUGAGCAGCGUACUCGGAUUGGUACUUACAAGAACAGAACUCCACACGUCGACACGGAUCCUCCUACUAUACGACUCGUAAAUACCACAAAACAGUCAACUGCCGCUUCUCCAUCAAUAGUGAAUUCCGACGUAUCCUCUCCCAAUGACCUUCAACUUCAUGCUUCACAGUCGGAACAAUUGCGUGAUAAUCGACGAUUUGCCCCCGCCUCUAUUCCUCGCCUGAACCCUCGUACGAAAUUAUCUACCGAGCUGGAUACGUCACUACACCGUGCCGCUGCUAGAUAUAGAUCUCCUGCUGUUUGUCCUACAAAUGCUACUGAAAAUUUACCGCGAACUCCACAGACCGGAAGAUCGCCAUUAUUUUCAAGAUUCAACGCUAGUCAUGCUGUUCCAUCAUCUCAAUCUACACUUCCAACUCUUUUCUUGAACUCGCCCGCACGUCGAUCAGCUCGAAAUCACUCUCACGAAAACACGUCCAAAGAAAUUGAUAUUCAAGACAAUCGUCAAUCUACAAGAGAAGAUAACCAGAAGACUGAGAUACCUACGCCCGCACACUCGAUAGUUCAAGAUAGUACAUCUAAACCUGAAGAUGAAGAGGUACGAGAAAGAGGGUUAGCAGAGUCCAAUGUGGGUGAACAGCCGGUUCCGUCUGCGGAAGCAGGGAGCGAGAAACACUCCUCGCGGGUCGCAUUACGCUUCAGUCUGUUCGCAGAUGAUGAAAUAGAGUCGGAUAGUGAAAGUGAAUGAAGUACAGUACAUACAUUGAUGGUGCUUUGAUCUUAUCUGAUGCGCUG